CCGCGCUCGCCUAACCGCGAUGGCUUCACCGUCUACAGGCAACCUAGAUGAAGGCCAGGUACCCCAAGCGGAGGACGGCGCAGAAAAGACCGGCGAUAUCUCAACGAGUGGCUCAGAGGCGCCAUCGGUGCUCAUAGUCGACUGGGAGGGCCCCAACGAUCCUGCCAACCCGAAAAACUGGAGCGCCGGGCAGAAAUGGGCGAUCACCUUAGUAGUCUCCUCUUACGCCUUCCUCAGUCCCCUGUCGUCGUCCAUGAUGGCACCCGCAGCCAACGAUAUCGCACACGAUUUGGGCGAGACCAACAAGACAGUCAUCGCCCUCUUCACGUCUAUAUAUGUGGCGGCUUACGCACUCGGUCCCCUGACCAUGGGGCCGCUAUGUGAACUGUACGGCCGAGCAAGAAUCCUCCAGCUCUCAAACCUUUUCUACUUUGCUUGGAACUUUGGUUGCGGCUUCGCAAGAAAUCCCGCAGAGCUGAUAGUAUUCCGCUUCCUGUCGGGUUGGGGAGGGAGCGCCGCGCCGUCCAUCGGCGGUGGUGUUCUGGGAGACGUUUGGAGCCCAGAGCAGCGCGGCCAAGCGAUGACCAUGUACACACUCGCACCCCUGCUUGGGCCGUGCAUCGGUCCAAUCUGCGGAGCAUGGAUAGCGGAGAGAUCCAGCUGGCGUUGGGUGUUCUGGUCCACAAGCAUCGCAUGUGUCCUCGUGCAAGCGGUGGGAUUGUUCUAUCUCAAAGAAACUUAUGCACCAGUUCUACUCGAGAGGAAGGCGAAGCAUAUCAGGGAGGGAAUGAGAGAUGCCGAGAAGGGCCCCCCGCAGGAGGUGCGGACAAUAUUCGACAGCCCCGACAGAGAGUGGCACAACGUCGUGCGGAAGACACUCAUCCGUCCUUUCGCGUUGUCAAUCCAAGAGCCCAUCAUCCAAGUUUUCGCGGUCUACCUAUCCUUUGUCUACGGCACCUUGUACAUCUUCCUUACCACGAUACCCUCAAUCUUCGAAGGUGUAUACCGGGAGCCCGUCGGGAUCGCUGGGCUCCACUACCUCGCGCUCGGCCUGGGCUCGGUAGUGGCGGCCCAAUUGAGCGGAAGGCUAAUCGACAUGUCCUAUAAGCGUCUCACUGCACACUACAACGGCGUCGGCAAACCGGAGUACCGUUUACCUGCCUUGGUUCCAGGAUCGAUUCUGCUACCCAUCGGGCUGUUCAUCACAGGCUGGACGGCGCGCGCGGACGUGCACUGGAUUGCGCCGGACAUCGGGAUCGCUCUCGUCGGCGGUGGGACCAUCUUCAUCUUCCAAGGUAUCAUGACAUACGUUCUUGACGCGUUCGCCGUCUACGCUGCAUCAGCGCUCGCCGCGCUCGCAUUCUUCCGCUCGAUCGCCGGCUUCUGCUUCCCGCUCUUCGCGCCGGCGAUGUACAGCGCGCUCGGAUAUGGGAAGGGCGACACAAUCCUCGCGUGCUUCGCCAUCGCUGUCGGCGUGCCUGCGCCCUACCUCUUCUGGACCUACGGCGAGCGCAUACGGAAUGCGAGCCGUUAUGCCAAGAAGUGAAACUUGUAAUUAUGUGUCGUGCCGCAGGCUACAAUACCCAGAUUGCGACGUGGAGAUUGUCCAGGAUAGAUGUACAUAGUCUGGUCAGGCGUAGCGCGUAGAAACGUACUUUCGUCAGUGGUCGAAGGCGCCAAAGCUUCAUUAGCUCACUUUGCUGUUGGGGUAUAUCCAUACAGGACUCGGGUCGGCC